AUGGGCGAUCAAGGAACGACUCGGUUGGCCUAUGCGGAGGCUAUGAAGCAUCAUGGCUGCGGAUUCGGCUUUCUAGAGACCGAGUCUCUGAAACGAGUUCACCGCGGCAUGUGUGGGUAUCUCGACCCCGACGGAUGCUGGCACCCCAUCGCCGACCUGACGGACACCACGGCUCUUGAGGAAGACGGUUACGAUCGACCAGCCCGACUUAUCCCCGGAGAGCGUUCCAAGGCGGAAUGGGGCGCACGAACGGCCCAGGGAACGCGAAUGGGGAGCGCGGCCCUCGCCGCGGGAGGCGGAGGUAUGGGGAUAGGAGCAAAGGUCGAGGUCUCGAUUACUUGUGCUCGAGAAUCGGGGGCCGUGGUUCUGUGCAACUCGCCCGUUUUCAUGGAGUGUUUCGACUCUAGACCCGCCUUUAGAAAAUGGGCCAAGGAGAACGCGGAGAGAAUCUUGGAGCAGUGCGACGAUGUCAAGGAUCUCGGGUUCCACAUCGUGGAAGCCACAUGGGUCUCGGACGAUGUGUACCUGAACGCACUCCGAUCAUUUGCUGGAUUGAAAUGGGUCUCCGAAAGCAGAGGCGACGACGAGGAAGAGACCAUCAUCGUCGAUCCGGAUGACGAAACUAAAGCGUAUGUCUUGGAGGGCAACUACCAGCUGCGAUCGCUGCAGACACAGGAAAACAAAGGUAUAUGCCGGAAACCAGAUGCCGGCGCCCCCUGCGACUACUGCCGUAGCAUCAAUCAAGAAUGCUCCUUUGGCGACAGCCGGCGCCACCAGAGGCCCUUUUGCUUCGUGUCGGAGGAAGAGUACCAGCUCCUGAAGAAGCUCUGCACCAAAUCCUUUCCCGGCCAAGAUCUAUCCGUCGCCAGCCUCCGGCGCUUAGUCGCCCGGCCCGACGACACAGCCUCGCCGGACAGCGUCUUUCCGCACACCCCCGCCACUUUACCCCGGAGCGAGUACGCGGUAGCAGCCACCGGCUCUGAGAGUGCGGGUAGUCUCCGGGACGGACGCCGCGAUGCGCACCUCCAGGAAAUUGCCGACUUGCACCACGAUCUUGGCUGUUUGGUGCUGGACGCGCAGGGCGAGCACCGCAAGUUCCCCGCCCGUUACGUUGGCCCGGAUUCGGGACACAGUUUUAACAUAAGCGUGAGAUCCUGGCUCCUCAACGUUCCCAGCCAGACAGAGAAAGAAGUUCUUUCACCCAUGUUGACCGUAUCCAUGCCCACGGCAACCUCCCUGUCGGACCAGGGCGUCACCUCCCCGGACCCGCAGGUCCUGCCGUCGCACGAAGUCGUGUUGGCUUGCGCAUCCAGGUAUUUUGAAGAAGUGCACUCCAUGUACUGGAUUUACUCGGCCGAGGAAUUCCACACGAGGCUUGAAACGACUUACGCCUACCCCGACAGGCCAAACUCGGGAUCUUGGCUUGCCUCGUUGCACAGCAUCGUGGCCCUUGGUGCCGCGUCCAUCCCGGCUUUAGAGGGCUUGUCCAACGGUGAGCUAGCGCGCGACUCUCUUGAGGCUGCCAAGCAGCUUGUUUCCAGCAUCUGCGACCAAGGCGACCUCGAUGGGCUACGCGCAUUCAUAUUGUUGGUGAGACAUGGCUACAAAGUUAUUACCCCGCUUGAAAGCUCACCUAUUAACGCGUUGUUCAAGGCCCUCGCUCUUCAAUAUCAUGGGUAUCUCAAUCAGUCAUACCUGUACGUUGGCAACGCCACGAGAAUUGCAUUCUCCCUAGGCCUGCAUGUGGACAAGUAUACCGCCAAGCACAACGUGGUCCUGAAAACCCACGGUCGCCGUAUAUGGUGGAAUCUCUUUCUCAUCGACCACGACAUCUCGCUGCAGCUAGGGCAGCCUUCCAUGUCCGGGCCCACCUGCACUUUAUGGAAGCCACCUCUACCGUCCGAAGAGAUCAUCAGCCCAGGCUCAUUUACGCCGCCCGAAUAUUUAGGGCACUGCGUAGACUUGGCGCAGCUGGUGCAGGAAAUACGACACAACUUGUAUACAAGGCCCAUGCGCGGCGACCACCAAUUGCGAGAGUCCGACUUUGCGGAUUCUCUCAAGUCGCUGCAAACCUGGCUGGACAGGCUUCCGCGCCAUCUCCACGUCACGCCGGCCAUCCCGCCCUUUUACCGGCGAUUAAUUUCUCUGCUGCACCUGCGCUACUGGAGCGCCGUCAUGCUCGUCACGAGACCGUUCCUUCUCUGCCAGCUACUACGGGGAGAAAGGGUCGCGAGUUCCCGCAAACGGCAGCGGUUUGACCAGCUCGCUAGGACGUGCAUUUCGGCAGCGGAGUCGUCGCUGGGUAUCUUUGAGGAUAUGGCCCAGCACAAGGUGGCGUCGAGUCUCGUCAUGAUGGACUUUUUCUCGCUCUCCAGGUCGUUCAGGUUAUACUCGUCGCGGCGGCCCUUUAUUCUGCGGCAGGUUGGGCUGACCAAGGAACCCCCGACGGAAAGGAUCGAUCGAGCCUUGCUUGCUGAUACAGAUUGGCCGUUUUUGACCGGCCUUGAUUUUGGCGAUAUUGCCCUUGAAGAAGACAUCAUCGAACAGCUCAUGCAGAUACCUGAAGAUUAG